AUGGCGGACGCAGCAGAGUCGUAUAGGAGCGAAAUCUCGAAACCCGAGCCGGCCUCGGGCACGGAGAGUGGGAAGUUUGACUACAUCGCGGAGGACGACACGGACUUCGUAGCGAAGAGGUUCGAAGAUUUGAAUCUGAAGCCAGACCUGUUGAAGGGCAUUUACGGCUACGGGUUUGAGAAACCGUCUUCGAUUCAGCAGCGCGGUAUCAAGCCCAUCAUCGAGGGGCACGACACCAUCGGGCAAGCGCAGUCGGGGACUGGCAAGACCGCGACGUUUGUGAUUGCCGUAUUGCAGAUCAUCAACCACACCGAGAACCGGCUGCAGGCGAUGAUUCUGUCGCACACGCGCGAACUCGCGGUGCAGACGAGCCGCGUGGUGUUGAGCCUCGGCGAGAUGCUGAACGUCAAGUGCCAAGCUUGCGUCGGCGGCACAGACGUGCAAGAGGACAUGACGGCACUCGAGAACGGCGUGCACAUCGUGGUCGGAACUCCGGGUCGUGUGUACGGCAUCGACGUGCAGCAGGUCUCGCUGGUGAUCAACUACGACUUGCCGUUCUCGCUGGAGAACUACUUGCACCGCAUUGGCCGCUCGGGGCGUUUCGGGAAGAAGGGCGUUGCGAUCAACUUCGUGACGCACAACGACAUGGAGCAGCUGCGCGCGAUUGAGAGCUACUACCACACGCAAAUUGAAAUGCUCACGAAGGCCGACGGCGGCGCCUAG